AUGAUGAUCGCCUCCCUCAAGACGGCCUUCGCCGCCUUGCUCUUCCUCUCCCCUCUGGCAGAAGCACGCCCUCAGCAUCCUGCGCGAGGAGAUGAGAGGGAAUGGGUCACCGUCUGGGGAACAAUGCCUCAGCUGGUCGAGCCGGCUAACUUACCCCCAGCGCCAUUUGAGCGUCCUCCUAAUUCUCCCGCCCAGAACGAGACAGGCCGAGUCUUCCACGACGCGACCCUCCGCCAAACCGUCAAAGUCUCUCUCGCGACCUCGACUCUCCGCCUGCAAAUCAGCAACGCCUUUGGCGGCUCAGACCUCCCCAUCACGGCCGUAACCAUCGCCCGAACGGCGAACAACACAGCCGGCACGAGCGGCGUCGACGCCGACUCCCUCCUAGUCGUCACCUUCUCGGGCAGCGGCGGCUUCGUCGUGCCCAACGGCGCCGUCGUCUUCUCGGAUCCGAUCGACCUCGCCGUCGAGGCGCAGUCCAUCGUCUCCAUCACGAUUUAUCUCGCCGACGGCCAGACGACCAACAGCAUCACCGGCCACCCGGGCAGCCGCACCACGUCCUUCCUCAAGAGCGGGAACCACGUCGCGGACCAGGACCUCGCUACCACCGCUGGCAACGCCACCGCGACGACGACGGAUCACUGGUACCUCAUCAGCGCCCUCGAGGGCUGGCUUCCCAAGGGCGCCUCAGCCGUCGCCAUCGUGGGCGACUCCAUCAGCGACGGGCGCGGCUCGACGACCAACGCGAACAACCGCUGGCCCGACCGCCUCCUCGCGCGCAUGCAAAAUGAGUCAUCCACCAGCGCCAUCGCCAUCGUCAACGAGGCCGCGGGCGGCAACCGAGUCCUGGCGGACGGCCUGGGUCCCAACGGUCUAGGCCGCAUCGACAGGGACGUCAUCGCGCAGUCAGGUAUCAAGUACGCCAUCGUCUUCAUCGGCGUCAACGACAUUGGCACCGCGACCAACACCACCGCCGCGCAGGAGGCCGUGGGCGACCGGCUCGUGGUGGCGUAUGACCAGAUGGUCACGCGGCUUCACCGGUUCGGCAUCGCGGUGUUUGGUGCGACCAUCACGCCGCUCACGGGCGACGGGCAGCCGUACUCUGACCCGACGAGGGAGGCGGCGCGGCAGAGGGUGAAUGAGUGGAUUCGGAGCAGCGGGCGGUACGAUGCCGUGAUUGACUUUGACGAGAUUGUGAGGGACCCCGCGGCGCCGGAGAAGUUGAGGGCCGAGUAUGAUACGGGGGAUCAUUUGCAUUUGAACCCGGCUGGGUAUGAGGCCAUGGCUGCUGGGAUUGAUCUCUCGAUUUUUGAGAAGUUCAAGAAUGGGGUUUCUGGGAUGAAUUAG